CUCACCUGUUUAUAUGUGUGUAACCUAUGUGCAGACAGGGGAACCACUCUACAAAGAAAACGUAAUUAACGCGGUAAAAAUAGAUUUCAUUUGGGUAGCGAGAGAAAAAUAGAGAGAAUAUAGUUUUAAUAUUUCUCCUCACGAUCUGAUAAUUAAUGGAUACAUAUGGAGAUUAUAGUUAAAAUGUGUUCUUAAAUCAACGUGUUUACCUGACUAAGUCCAAAAGAAUGUAUAUGUUUGUAAAUAAUGGAGUGAAUGUCUGUACAGGUAAAUAGGUACACAUUUAACAUGGUGGUGAACUUUAUACACAUUUCUAUAGUUGUUGUACUUUUAAUAUGCUGUGUGGACGAUAUAGUGUGCUGGUCUUCAGGAUAUUAUAUAGACAAUGGUGUGGACCAGACGGAAAAAUUACUUGAAAUCAACCCGAGGAGUAAGCGAGAGCUCCAACAAGAAAUUUUGACUCUGCUUGGACUUCACCAUAGACCAAAGCCAAAGGUCCAUACUAAUGAUUACUCGGCACCUCGUUUUAUGUUGGAUUUAUACAAUACUAUUGCGGGUGCGGAUGGAAUUUUAUUAGAUGACACGCCAUCAUUCCGAAUAGCAGGGAAUAUAUCUAUUGGGGAUAUUAUUGAACCGAUACAAGGUGCAGACGUUAUCAUGAGUUUUGUUAAUCGUGCCAAAAAAGUUCCACAUUUACGCCACGAAAAAGAUCGGACGUUUUUCUUUGAUUUUAGUGAAGUGACAGUUGAGGAAAAAGUAGUUAAAGCUGAACUUAGGCUUUUUAAAGAUAAAGCUAAAAAGUGGAAAAGUAAUGAUUUUCAGAUUCAGAUAUACAUGAUAAAACAAGGACCGGAUCCCGAGGAUAAAUAUUUAGAAUCAGUUGGAAACGUGACAACACAAGCAGAUCAUGUAGGUUGGUUGACCCUUGAUUUGACCAAAGCGGCUGAACUGUGGACACGAUAUCCGACAGCUAAUCUUGGUCUUUACAUGAAAAUCAAAUUCAUUAGAAAAGGUUCAGAAGUAGAUCCGGACAAAUUUGGAAUCGUUGGGCAUAGAGGUGCGAAAAAUAGGCAACCAUUUUUAACGGGAUUUUUCAAAGCAUCUCAAAAAGUGAACCUUAGAAAAACACGUGCAGCUGAACGAUAUAAGCGACAAGCUAUGCAAGAUAUGAGUGCAGAUGAACCCGAAACACCUGCAUACAGAUACGCAAGAUAUCCAAGACGGAUACGGAGGUGGCCCUGUCAAAGGAAACAGAUGUUUGUAAAGUUUAAAGAUUUAGGGUGGCAGAGUUGGAUAAUUGCACCAGAUGGGUUCCAAGCUUUUUACUGUGAAGGUGAAUGUCAGUUCCCUUUGGCAGCACACAUGAACGCCACUAACCAUGCUAUAGUACAGACACUAGUUCAUUUAAUGAACCCCAAACAGGCACCCAGUCCGGGUUGUGCUCCUACUAAAUUAGGAGCACAGUCUGUUUUGUACUUUGAUGACAAUUUGAAUGUAGUUUUACAGAAGUUUCCAAUGAUGAUCGUCAAAUCAUGUGGUUGCCAUUAGAUAAUCGUUAAGUCAUGUGGUUGCCAUGAAAUGAUCGUCAAAAUGUGGUUGCCAUUAAAUGAUUGUUUAGUCAUGUGGUUGCCAUUAAAUGAUCGCCAAGAUGUGGUUGCCAUUAAAUGAUUGUUUAGUCAUGUGGUUGCCAUUAAGUGAUCGUCAAGUCAUGUGACUGCCAUUAAGCGUCUUGUGUUCUUUAAAAGUCAAGUACCUCCGAGAUGUGAUCUGCAAAUCAAAAUGACAUUAUUUUAUUUCCGUAUUUGUCUUCCAUAAAGGUGCAUAUACCUGAUUCGAACAAACG